CGUACAUUACCCUCCCCUCUAUAUGUUUUACCCUUGAGUUUUUACAUAAUUUUGUUUGUGGAUAAUAACAGGGGAAAUCGGUUUAGUCUGAAGAAAAAUGAAGAAUGUCAGCACCUAGUAUAAGUCAAGUUUCAAGGGUGAGGGCACUCUACAAAGCAAUCCUCCGGAUACAUAGAGGACUACCCCUACAGAUGAAAGCUAUGGGAGACCAGUAUGUCAAAGAUGAAUUCAAAAGACACAAAGAUGCUCCUCCACUAGAAACAGGAAUUUUCAUGGAUGAAUGGACUAAGUAUUAUUUAACCAUUGGCAAGCAGCUGGCUGCUAGAAAGAAGGUUCAGACUAUUGGAGUUGACCUUUCUCCUGAACUCUUAGACUGUUUCCAGAAUGAUCAAGUGGCUCAGUUAUUUGAACUUUUCAAAGAAACCAAUAAACCUUUAAACGAUGAAGACAUUUAAUGUGUAUAAAAUAGAUAUGUAAAUAAUUUGUUAAUAAAAUGUUAUGAACAUUC